AUGUUGAUUUCUCGGAAUGCGGAUCCCGGUUAUACGUACAUUACGUGGCCAUGGUGGCAAUCCUUUUUCUCGGCAGUUCCACUCAGACUACAGCUACUGUUGAACAACUCAAAGUCGGAUCACGCCAUAUCGGGUCAAGCAUCAACAGCACUCAAGAUGCGAUCGACAAUGAUUCCAGCCGCACUUGUGGCUCUCUUUGCCGUGCAGACUCUGGCGACCGUGUGCCAUGACUACAACCACGAAGAAUGCCUCCAAUGGCCAGAAUAUUGUGGCUGGAACGCCGCACUUGGUUGUAUCGUCCAACUCUGCUCGCCCAACUGCAAGCCGUUAGCCACAGGUUGCUCCUCAGAGCGCUCCAUCCGUCGCAAACAUAGGCAUACAUCGGCCAGAGAAGAUACAACCUGCAAAAUGCAAUCCAGCAGCAUCCUUGUCGCCUUCGUAGCUUUGUUCGUGGCCCAGACUUCGGCUUUCUACUGCGCCGACUACAAUCACGAGGACUGUCUCCAAUGGCCGCAAUCCUGUGGCUGGAAUGCCGCGAUCGGUUGCCUCUUGCUCCCGUGCUCGCCCAACUGCAAGCCUUAG